CAAGAUGACUCCAUCGUUGAAAAGUCACUGAAGUCCUUAAAGGACAAAAACAAGAAGUUGGAAGAAGGAGGUCCUGUAUAUAGUCCAACAGAAGUGGAAGUUGUGAAAAAGUCUCUUGGACAGAGAGUUGUGGAUGAACUGAAACACUAUUACCAUGGGUUUCGAUUACUGUGGAUUGACACAAAAAUAGCUGCAAGGAUGCUCUGGCGAAUACUUCAUGGAAACACUUUGUCUCGUCGAGAGCGGAGACAGUUUCUUCGAAUAUGUGCCGAUCUAUUCCGCUUGGUCCCUUUCCUAGUUUUUCUUGUUGUCCCAUUUAUGGAAUUUUUGCUUCCAGUAGCUCUGAAGUUGUUCCCUAAUAUGCUUCCCUCUACAUUUGAGACAAAGUCUAAAAAGGAGGAAAGAUUGAAGAAAGAAUUGAGAGUAAAGCUGGAAUUGGCUAAAUUCCUUCAAGACACAAUUGAGGAGAUGGCCUUAAAAAAUAAAGCAGCCAAAGGAAAUGUUACAAAAGAUUUUUCAACGUUCUUUCAAAAGAUCAGAGAAACUGGCGAAAGACCCAGUAAUGAAGAGAUCUUAAGGUUCUCUAAACUGUUUGAAGAUGAGUUGACCCUGGACAAUCUGACCAGGCCUCAGCUGGUGGCACUUUGUAAAUUGUUGGAACUUCAGUCAAUUGGGACAAAUAACUUCCUCCGCUUCCAGCUGACAAUGAGGUUGAGAAGCAUAAAAGCAGAUGACAAACUGAUUGCUGAGGAAGGAGUUGAUACCCUGACUGUUAAGGAACUGCAGGCAGCUUGUCGUGCCCGGGGCAUGAGAGCUCUUGGUGUCACAGAGGAGCGUCUCAAGGAACAGCUUAAGCAGUGGUUAGAUCUGCACCUGAACCAGGAAAUCCCCACUUCGUUGCUUAUUUUAUCCAGAGCCAUGUAUCUUCCCGAUACCCUUUCUCCAGCUGAUCAGCUCAAAACAACACUGCAGACACUACCAGAGAGUGUUGCCAAAGAGGCUCAAGUCAAAGUGGCAGAAGUUGAAGGUGAAAAAGUAGAUAACAAAGCUCGGCUGGAAGCAACACUUCAGGAAGAGGAAGCCAUCAGGAAAGAAAAUGAAGAAAAGGAGAUGGAAAGAAUAACUGAAGCUGCAGAGAAAGCCAAAGAAACUCUUCAAGUUGCAGCCACAGUAAAGGUGGAAUCAGUAGAUCUUGAAGCAGCUGUUCUGCAAGAUAAAAAAAGUCAGGUGGCUGUGGAAGCUGAACAGGAACUGGCAAGGGCAGAUGUGGCGAUGGACUCAGAGACACUGAAAGAUACAGCACCAGUACUGGAAGGAGUUAAGGGUGAGGAAAUCACUAAGGAGGAGAUUGACAUGCUGAGUGAUGCUUGCACCAAGCUACAGGAACAGAAAAAAUCACUAACGAAGGAAAAGGAGGAGCUUGAGGAGUUGAAGGGUGAUAUCCAGGAGUAUAAUGAGGAUUUGCAAGAGAUAAAGGAGCUCUCUAAAACUGGCCAGGAAGACAUAGUGGAAGAGUCCAAGGCAAGCAAGAGAUUGACCAAGAGGGUGAACCGAAUGAUUGGCCAGAUAGACAAAAUUAUUAAUGAAUUAGAGACAAAUCAGAAGACAGUGGAUUUAAAACUGGACAGUGGUGAUGGUCCUGCUGCUGGGGAGAAUCUCAUCAGUAUUGCUGAGCUGAUAAAUGCCAUGAAACAAAUUCAGAAGAUUCCAGAGGAGAAGCUAACGAGGAUUGCAGAGGCUCUAGAUGAAAACAAGGAUGGCAAAAUUGAUAUAGAUAAUGUUGUUAAGGUAGUAGAAUUAAUUGACAAAGAAGAUAUUGACAUUGGCACCAGUCAGGUUGCUGAGAUUAUGACACUGCUUCAAAAAGAAGAAAAACUGGAAGAAAAAGAGAAAGCAAAGGAAAAGCACGAUAAAGAAGCUGCGGAAGCCAAGAAUUAAGCUUCAGCAUCUGAAGCUAAUCCCAUUGUAACCAAAACCUUGUAUAUCUUUCUGUGUCUAAUGGCUACAUAGUACUUGAGCUUUUGUGAUUAUGGGAAGUGUUUUGAGCUGAUUCUAGUAAUAAAUUGUAGGUAUGUUUUCUGA